CCUUUCCGGUCGGCUAGGUACUGAGCGCGCUAGGCUCUACAGAGUGAAGGUUUAAAUCCAAGGUCAUGGCAAAACAUCUGAUGUUCAUCACCAGGACUGUGAUGGUACAGGAAGGGAACGUGGAAAGCGCAUACAGGACCCUAAACAGAAUCCUCACUAUGGAUGGGCUCAUUGAGGACAUUAAGCGUCGGCGGUAUUAUGAGAAGCCAUGCCGCCGGCGACAGAGGGAAAGCUAUGAAAGGUGCCGGCGGAUCUACAACAUGGAAAUGGCUCGCAAGAUCAACUUCUUGAUGAGAAAGAAUCGGGCAGAUCCGUGGCAGGGCUGCUGAGGCCUGUGGAUGGGACCCCCAGUGCGAAACCCUCAUCCAGUUUUGUCUCCAUCUCUUUUGUUUGUACAAUCCCGUUUCCUAUUACCGUUCUCUGCAAUAAACUCAAAUCACAUGUCUGCAAAAAAAAAAACAAAAAAAAAA